CCAUGNGCUGUUUACGAUCUUCCAGCUAAAGCACCUGAGCUUCCUAUUGCUGACAUCAAUAAUUGUCCGAUUUAUAAUGCAGGCGUGAAGAAAGAAGGCAAAGGUGUACUGUUUAAAGAUUUAGUAUCUCUACAGUAUGAACUGGAAUACAUGCAAGUUUGUAUGUUAAGGAGACAAGAGAAGCUUAAGGUUGAAAUCUCCAAUCUUGAAAAUCCAGCAGCUAAAAGAAACAAAAGAUCAAGAUCUUCCGAUUCUGGUGGGAAGAAUGCCAAACAAUCAAAAAAGUGUAAAGGCAAUGGUAAAAAAGCUUCCACUCCUUGUCGACCAAAGAACAAAUUUGUUCAGCCUCCACCAAGGUCUUAUGAGUGUGGGGUCACAGAUGCCCUAGUUGAAACUCCUAAACCCACAAAAAAUGAUGGUCCUUCUCGAUUUUGGUCCUUCAUUGAACCCUACUGUGCUGACAUCACUGAGGAUGAUAUUAAGUCGAUUGAAACCUGGAUUAACUCACACGAAGAGGAUGCAGAGUACCAAAAAAUACCUGAAUUGGGAAAUCAUUUUGCUGAACAGUGGCCAAAAGAUGAAAUGAGUGAAGAAUUAAAAGAAGGUUCUAAAAGUGUUGAAAACCAAAAGGGAUCUUUAGAUACAGAUUUAGCUUCUAUGACUAAGGAAAAAGUCUUGAAAUUAGGUGAAAAAGAAUGCAAACAGAUGGAAAGGAAAAAUAAUAGCCAUCAAAAUAAUUCAUUGAUAAAGCGUCUUGUGUCAACAUUAGUGCAAGAGAAUGUUAUGACGCCUCUAGAUGUAUGUUUGGCUGAAUCUUCCAAAGAUGAGGCACCUCAGGUAUCUAAACCAAAAACACCUUCUAAACAGAAUUCUCCUUCCAAAGAGAGUUUGCAUAAAAAAUUAUGCAGAGGAUUGAAUGAAAUAG